AUGCAUUUCUCCAGACUCUCACUGCCACUCGGCAUCGGCUUAAUUACCCUCACAAACCACUUCGUCGCGGGCGAGAUCGUUGCGACGCCAGAUCUGUGCGGAGGAGAGGGGUAAGCACCAAGUGCAAUGGUUUACCCUGCCCGUCCUCACACACAUGACCCGCUAACCCUUCACGCUUCACGAAAUUAUACCAUUUUGGAUAUUUAACCAGAUGGAAGAAAGACGAUGCCAUCACACUCGUAUGCUCCGAUGCAUCAAAAACGUGCCGCGAGGAUCAAUGGUCAGUCGUUGCUUCGAGAAUUCGAUGGAUCCCACGUGGCGUGAGAAGACUGACUUGCACAGUCGCCCGAACUUUUGUUCUUACUAGCUACGGCGAGCACAACUGCGCAAUGAAUUGCAAGCACAAGUGGGGACCCGUAAGGAGUUGGCAAGCCUUGGAUGCGUGUUAUAAGUUGUACAUGGUUCCAAAAUGUCGGAAGUGAGUCCUCACUCUACCGGUUCAGCCCGUGACACAUGUGACACCUGCACUUCGAGCCAUGUGUGCCCCUCCUCCCCCCCUCCCCCCCCCCCACCCUAUCUCGAGAGAUUGGGAAUUGCUGACUCUGGUUUGCAUGAUCGGAUGGGGUGGAGGAUAGGAACUGCUACUCAGCUGCCGAGUGCGAAGCCGCGUUUGGUGGUUGCAAGGCGACAGAUGGUUCGGGAUGUGAGGAGUAG